AUGGCCCCGUGGCCCGUACCUCCUCCGCCGCCGCCUCCGCCUCCACCUCUCGCCGCGCCGCCGCCGCCCGGCGCCUCGGCUAAGGGGCCGCCGGCGCGCAAGCUGCUGUUUAUGUGCACCUUGUCCCUGUCCGUCACCUACCUGUGCUACAACCUCCUGGGCGGCUCGGGAUCCCUGCAGUUCCCCCUGGCGCUGCAGGAGCCGCCGGGCGCCGCCGCCGAGCCCCCGCCGAGCCCGCCGCCGCCCUCUCUGCCGCCUCCCCCCGUGCGCCUCGGCGCCCCCUCGCAGCCGCCCGCGCCGCCGCCGGACAACGCGAGCCGCGUGGAGCUGACCGAGCCUCCCGAGCAGCCCGCCGCCCCCGGGGCCGACGGCUGGGGGCUGGCGAGCGGCGGCGGCGGCGCCCGGGACGCCUGGCUCCGGACCCCGCCGGACCCCAGCGAGAUGACCGCGGUGCAGAGCGCGCUGCUGGAGAGGGACGCGCAGGAGUCCAGCACCACCGACGAGGAGCUCGCAGGCCGGAGGGCGGCCAACGGGAGCAGCGAGCGGGGCGGCGCCGCCAGCACCCCGGACUACGGGGAGAAGAAGCUGCCCCAGGCGCUGAUCAUCGGGGUCAAGAAAGGGGGAACCCGCGCGCUGCUGGAGGCGAUCCGCGUGCACCCGGACGUGCGGGCGGUGGGCGUAGAGCCGCACUUCUUCGACAGGAACUACGAGAAGGGCUUGGAGUGGUACAGAAACGUGAUGCCUAAGACCGUGGAUGGGCAGAUAACCAUGGAGAAGACACCGAGUUACUUUGUGACAAAUGAGGCACCUAAGCGCAUCCACUCCAUGGCCAAGGACAUCAAACUGAUCGUGGUGGUGAGGAACCCUGUGACCAGGGCCAUCUCUGACUACACCCAGACCCUGUCAAAGAAGCCUGAGAUCCCCACCUUCGAGGUGCUGGCCUUCAAAAACCGGACCCUGGGCCUGAUCGAUGCCUCCUGGAGCGCCAUUCGCAUAGGGCUGUAUGCGUUGCACCUGGAGAACUGGCUGCAGUUCUUCCCCCUCUCCCAGAUCCUCUUCGUCAGCGGGGAGCGGCUCAUCGUGGACCCCGCCGGGGAAAUGGCCAAAGUACAGGAUUUUCUAGGCCUCACGCGUGUUGUGACUGAGAAGCAUUUCUAUUUCAAUAAAACCAAGGGGUUCCCUUGCCUCAAGAAGCCAGAAGACAGCGGCGCCCCCAGGUGCUUAGGCAAGAGCAAAGGUCGGACUCAUCCCCGCAUUGACCCGGAUGUGAUCCACAGACUGCGGAAAUUCUACAAGCCCUUCAACAUGAUGUUUUACCAAAUGACUGGUCAAGAUUUCCAGUGGGAGCAGGAAGAGGGUGACAAAUAA